AUGCCAGGUCUGGCUGCCAGGCUGAGCAGACAGUUCGGCUCCGCCGGCCUGAAUUGCUCCUGGUUCGGCUCUCCCGGCCUAGAUUGCUCCAAGUUUGGCUCCCCGGCCCAGAUCCGUUCCCGGUUCGGCUCCCCCGGCCCGGAUCGCUCCCGGUUCAUCCUCCAGUCCGGAUCGCUCCCGCUGCUGCCCUCCCUGGCCGCCUCUCUGGAGGAGAUCUUCACCCACUGGCAAAGAACUCCCUCGAAUUCCAGGAGAAGAAAGGCAAGUGAUGUGGAGGCAGCCAUCCCAGAAAAGAUCAGAGUUCCUGAUCCUGUGAGCAGCUCUGAGAGCUCAGAGAAAGAAGACGAUGAGAAAGAGAAGACCAAAGCUGUCAAGGCCAGUGUUCCCCUGGUCACCAACUCGGCAGUGAAUGUAGAAAGCAGCGAGGAUGAUGACUCCUCAUCAGAAGAAGAGACACCAGCAGGAAAAGGUGUCGUUACGGUGAAGCCAGCUGUGGUCAGUGGCAAAGCUGCCAACUCCCUGCAUUCUCCUAAUAAAACCGCUGCUCCGGCAGACAAGGCAGUGGUGGCCUCUGCUGUGCACAGAACUGUGGUCUCAAAUAAGCAGAAGGCCAAUACGCCAGCUGUGUCUGCACCUCUGGCCAAGGCUGGGCAAAAACCAUCCAGUCCUGAGAAGCUGGGACAUCCAGGAGGAACCCUGGGCAAAGUAGGUCAGAGCAAAGCACCAGAAACCAAGGCAGCAGAGAGCUCCGACAGCAGCAGCUCUUCAGAGAGUGAAGAAGAAAAGGAAACAGCAGCAGUGAAUUCAGCAGCCCCCAAAGCGGAGCUGAAGCAGGCAGCUGCGGCAGCUGAAAGUAGCAGUGAGGAAUCGAGUGAGGAGACAUCCUCCGAGGAGGAGCUCAAACCUUCAACAGUCCAGGCAAAACCAGCUGUGAAAGCAGUGCAGGCUAAUGCAGCACCUGUGAAAAGCACACCUGCCCCUCCAGUGUCCACCAAGAAGAAAGCAGUAAAGCCAGCAGCAGUGGCACCAAACCAGGCCAAGCCUGGACCAGCAACGGUUCUUGGGGCUGCAAAGCCCAAUGACACUUCAGAGAGCAGCGACUCAUCAGACAGUGAAAACGAGGAACCUGCAUCAGGAACCCAAACAAAGCCACCUCCAAAAUCCUCCCCGGCCGUCCCGUCCCCAGUGAAACCGACACCCGCAGCGCCGCUCUCCAGCAAAGCAGCUCCAGCAAAAACGUUUCCAUCAGCCCAAGGGAAGGCAACACCAAAACCACCAGUGCCAAAGCAGGGCAAAAAUGGCCUGGAAAGGACUGCUGUUGGCACAAAGCCUGCCGAAAGUGCGAAAGCAGCGGAGAGCACUGACUCCUCAGAUGGUGAAGAGGAGGAUCUCUCUGUGCCCAUCAGCCAGAAGGUUGGUGAUGCCCCAUUCAACCCGAUCUUUAAUGAUGAGAGUGUGCACAGAGCA